CCGUUUGAAUGAAUGUCACUGAAGGCGAAGCGUCUUGUGAGCAGCACCGGCGGAAUCAUUAGAAUUAGAUACAGGAGGAGAGAUGCGUAAUGCUGACCGGCUCCCGCAGAUUUCACUAAAUAUAAUAUAAAUACUUAUUACGGGCUAAAGGAAGCCGUUACACUUAUUGAACACGUUUUGUUUAACCCGGGAAGCUUGUCUUUCUUGUUGAGAAGCACAUCUCAGUUUCUCUUCAGCCUGUUAUUAUCUGUUGCCAUACACACAGCAGAAUCUCUUCUGUGACCGGGCUGUGUCCUUUGCCAGCUAAGGUGGCCCAGGCUCCAUCCUAACCCCCAAUUACAUUAAGCACAAAAGACAUUUUCACCCAUUUUAUUUUGUAUUGUAUGUUGUAUACAUUACAAUGCCUAAAAACAGCAAAACUGUCAAGAGAGCAGAUCUUGACGACGAAGUCAAAGAGUCUGUAAAAGACCUGCUGUCCAAUGAGGACUCGUGUGACGACUCUUUUAAGAAAAGCAUGCUGGCUGUAUGUGCACCUGCAGAGGAAAAGGCCCGUCAGGCCGAGGAGGGCAUGAUGAUUGUUGAGGAGGAGAGACCCGCGUGGAGCAGCAAGCUGCAGUACAUCCUCGCCCAGGUGGGCUUUUCUGUAGGACUUGGCAACGUCUGGAGGUUCCCCUACCUGUGUCAGAAGAAUGGAGGAGGAGCAUACCUGGUGCCUUACUUUAUCCUGCUAGUUUUGAUUGGCAUCCCACUGUUCUUCCUGGAGCUCGCUGUGGGGCAGCGGAUCCGCCGCGGCAGCAUCGGCGUCUGGAACUACAUCAGCCCUCGCCUGGGAGGCAUUGGCUUUGCCAGCUGUGUGGUUUGCUUCUUCGUUGCCCUCUACUAUAACGUGAUCAUCGGCUGGAGUCUCUUCUAUUUCUCCCAGUCUUUUCAGCAUCCCCUGCCUUGGAACGAGUGCCCUCUUGUGAAGAAUGCGACCAGCACAUACAUAGUGCCUGAAUGUGAAAAAAGCUCAGCUACCACCUAUUACUGGUAUCGUGAAGCUCUGGAUAUUUCCAACUCCAUCUCAGAGAGUGGAGGACUGAACUGGAGGAUGACCCUCUGUCUACUGGCUGCCUGGUCCAUGGUGUGUCUGGCCAUGAUCAAGGGCAUUCAGUCUUCAGGAAAGGUGAUGUACUUCAGCUCCCUUUUUCCGUAUGUGGUGCUGUUCUGUUUCUUGGUGAGGGCCCUCCUUCUGAAAGGUUCUGUGGAUGGAAUUGUCCAUAUGUUCACCCCCAAGCUUGAGAUCAUGCUGGAGCCUAAAGUGUGGCGAGAGGCUGCUACUCAGGUCUUCUUCGCUCUGGGCCUGGGCUUCGGUGGAGUCAUCGCCUUCUCCAGCUACAACAAACGGGAUAACAACUGCCACUUCGACGCUGUGCUCGUCUCCUUCAUCAACUUCUUCACUUCUGUAUUAGCUACGCUGGUGGUGUUUGCAGUGCUGGGCUUUAAAGCCAACAUUAUGAACGCCAAAUGCGUCGAGCUGAAUACAAAGAAGAUAGUUGGUUAUCUGGGUAACGAGAUAAGUCAUGACUUGAUCCCGCACCACAUCAACUUCAGUCAAGUGAGCACCGAAGAUUACCAGCAGAUGAUUGAGAUAAUUCGUGGCGUGAAGGAGAACGAUUACUCUCGUUUGGGACUGGACAGCUGUGACUUAACAGAGGAGCUGAACAAGGCUGUCCAGGGUACAGGGCUGGCCUUCAUUGCUUUCACUGAAGCCAUGACCCACUUCCCCGCCUCACCAUUCUGGUCGGUAAUGUUCUUCCUCAUGCUGGUGAAUCUGGGCCUGGGCAGCAUGUUCGGCACUAUUGAGGGCAUCAUCACGCCCAUUGUGGACACUUUCAAAGUCCGCAAGGAGUUUCUCACAGUGGGCUGCUGUUUCUUGGCGUUUGGUAUUGGCCUGAUCUUUGUUCAGCGAUCAGGAAACUACUUUGUGACCAUGUUUGAUGACUACUCUGCAACACUGCCCCUCCUCAUCGUAGUGUUUCUGGAAAACAUGGCUGUAGCGUGGGUCUAUGGAACUGACAAGUUUUUUGACGAUUUAAAGGAUAUGCUGGGCUUCACACCAUUUCGUUACUAUUACUACAUGUGGAAGUAUGUGACUCCUCUGCUGCUCCUGGCUCUGCUGGGAGCCAGCCUUAUUCAGAUGGGUCUGACCCCUCCCAGUUACAGUGCCUGGAUCCAGGAGCUGGCUCAUGAGCAAUCCCUCAGCUUCCCGCCAUGGGGUCUGGCAGUCUGCAUCACGCUGGUGGUAGCUGCCAUCCUGCCUGUGCCUGUAGUCUUCUUUCUGCGCUACUUUAACCUCAUCGAUGAAAACGCCUGCGGCAUGUCCACCAUCUCCUACAAGAAGGGACGCAUCAUGAAAGAGAGCGUGCGGCGAACCAGGGAGGAGGACGAGGGGGAUGAUGCCAGUCUGCUCCAGGUAAAGACUCCCAGUGAAGCACCGUCACCCAUGCCUUCCAGCAGCAGCCACCGCAAGCAGAGCAGCUCCACGCAAGCCGACCCUGCCAGCAACGGCCACUACAGCGUCGGUUACCUGAUGGCCGACAUGCCUGACAUGCCGGAGUCAGACCUUUGAGGACGCCUGCUAAGCAAAGACGUCCAUAAAUAUAUCUCAACAAUUAGCAUAAACCACUGUCCACUUAUUGUGGUAUUAAGGGCCCAUAUUGUGGUAUAAAUAAGACAUAAUAAGGCAUAAUGUAUUAUAUAUACCACUGUCAAACAGAUUAAUAUAUGGACCACAGUCUGCAAAAAUGUUUCAGUUUUAGCUCAGGUUGUGAUGUCACAACCAUAUACAGUUUUAUGGGUGAUUCUUCAAUUGGAGGAACUUUUUGCACACAGAUAAAGAAAUGUUAGAAAUACUUUUCAUACAAAAAAUAGCUUAGAUAUUAUAUAUGUUAUUUCAAGUACAAUACUGGUCUUUUGCCUAACCCUGGCUCCAAAUAAAUUACUAAAAGUAAUUAGUUCAGUUAAAUAAAUUCAAAAUGUGCAAUUUAUAAAAUAAAUUAUUGCAUUUUUAUCUCACCAAUGCAUAUGCAUAUUUCUAACCAUGUCCCUAAUUACUGUAUGCUAUUAAUGUAGCAUUUGAUUUCUGUAAGGAUUUUUUUUUUAAGAUAACUAUACAUUAUUGCUCGCUUUUGGGAGAAACCAUGUGCUUUACUUUUACAUAUGUUUUCAAUCAUGAAGGUAUUUAAAAUACAAUUAUUUACAACAGAAAAGGAAAUAACUGGUCUCUCCCAAAAGGGACAAAAAGGUCGACAUAUGGUUAUUCAAUGCAAUAUCUAAUUUGUUUGAGUGAAAAGGAUCAUAUCCUGAUCAUGGAGUAAGUUUAUUUAGAGUUAUUCAGUAUUUGUACCAUUAUGGCAAUAUUUUAUUAAAUAUGUUUACAUUAUUUAUGCAUUUAAAAUGCAUCUUAUACUAGCUGAUGAGUAUUGUUAAAAAAAAAUAUGAACUGGAAUAUUUUUACGCAGAAAAGGAAAAUAUAUAUAUGAAAUAUGUUUUAAUGCUAUGUAAGCUCAGUCUUGGAAAAUGUUAAGUGUUCCUCCAAGUGGUCCUAGGGAAUUGUCACUAUUUAUUUUCCACUUUUAUUCCCAGAUCAUGCUGCAUUGGCAUCAGCAGCCGGAGUCUGAGAGAAAACAAUUGUCCAUGUUCUCUCCCCCAAAUCAUUUCUAAUGUUAGCUGUUAGCUGACGUAUCAGAGAAAAGGAUAUGGUGCUUUCCUCCAAGCGCUCUAGAUACCCUGUGAUGCUGAACUGACAGCAGUUUAAAAAUAUUUUCUUCUAAAGUAAGGAAAACAAUAUUGAGCCUCCUGUUGAAGAAUUACCCAUAGACAGCCUUAGCCUACAACAGGCUUUAAAACAGUUUAUUCACCCACUCACUUUAAGCUAGUAAAACUUUAACUGUGGACAGUUUAGAACAGUUUAGGGAAGAUGUUUAAAAGGUGGUGCUUUAAAGGUCAGGAAGCAAAUCACCGCUGUCCAAUGAAAACAAAGUGUCUCCAAAACAGCAACUUUACAGGAGAAAUAAAAAACCUUCUAAACUUUCAAUGGAAAAAGAGCUUAUUUCAGGUGAUUUUUAAAUAUUUCUAUAGGUCCAUUCAUCAAGAAGUUUUGGCACAGUUUAAGGGAAAAAUGGUGACACUUGUUAGGACAGCGACAAAAUGUACCAAUGCAACCUUCCUAGGGAUCCAGACGUCCUGAAGGACUGGUUGAAGUUAUAUUUCCUUACCUAAUGUAAGGGCAUUCUGUAUGUUUUACUCUGCAUUGCUUUGUGAAGGUGGUGUGCCUCAUUUCACUUUUGUCAGUCUGACGGAAUGGUGGCCAUUUACAGAUAUCAUUAAUGAUGGGAAACUGUUACAGUAAUCAAUAGCCUUGUGUUAAAAUAUUCAGCCUUAUCAGAAAUCAAGUUUGCAUUGUAGUUUUAGAGCUACAAUAUCUGGUUAUUUUGCACUAGAUCAUGUUGGUGGAGGCAUGGCCACACCGGCCAACAACCUAAAACAGUGUGUAGCACUUAUGUUACUGGAUUCAUCUCCACAAUUUACAAGUUAUGGCUACAUAAAGUUACAGAUUGGAAACUAACCAGAUUGGUUAGUCAUGAACAAAAUCUGGGACUUCUGGUACAAGAAAUUACACAAAUUUCAUUUUUCAUAAGACUUCAGGGAAAAAAAUUAAAACGUAAAUGAUGGGACUUUUGACAUUCAUCCAUACUCUGUCCCCACUCUACUCAACUAUGCUGUUUAUGGUCCCAAACCAGUGUUUCAUAUUGUAUUAUAUGUGUAGAUAUUGCGCCCUGCACUCCCGAAUGUUAGCGGAGUUGGGUGCAUGUGAACAUUUUUUCCUCUUCCCUGUAUGUCUGAUCAAGGGGUGUUUAACUGCAUUGUAGAAUGGCUGUGAAUAUUGAUCAUGUCGCAAGUGAGGGCAGUCACUGUCCAUCAAUAAUGAGAUUAGAAGCAGCUUAGCCGCUUUGGAUGAGUUUAGAAUGUACUGUGUAUGUGAAAUGUGAAGAAAAAAAAAAAAAAUCAGACCAGAAAAUGCAAUACAACAUUUCUUUGGUAACAUUGCUGUGACAUUAUACAACACCCUGUGGAUGGCAUUUACAAAUGAUUGUUCUCAAAAUGUGUGCCUAAUUUCAUUUGUUUAUACAAUACACCAAGGAUGUUGUAAAUUUAAGGUUUUCUGUAAAUAUAUAAUAUAAAUAUAUUUAUCUGAUGAUAGUUUGGACAUCAGGACAUGUUUCUUUUGGUAAGAAGUGCUUAAAAAUCUCAAAUGCUAGUUAUUUUCAGUUUAUCUAUGUACUGUUAUUUGUCUGGACUUUUGCGUCCGCCUACUUGCUGUAAAUAUUUUUUUUCCCCAUGAAAACGCUCUGAAUUUGCUCUUUUCUGCAUUGAAAUUAAAACCAAAUGAAAAACAAAA